GAUAUAGAUCAGAUGUUGACUGAAUAGAAGCUGCCCCAGUCUUGGGUUCAUGAUGUACGCACCAGUUGAAUUUUCAGAAGCUGAAUACCCACGAAUUGAAUAUCAAAGAAGACAGCAAUUUUGGGACCCUAUACGGCUAGCUCUUUUCACAUUGGUGAUUGUAGCAAUCAUAGGCAUUGCAAUUGGUAUUGUUACUCAUUUUGUUGUUGAGGAUGAUAGGUCAUUCUAUUAUCUUGGCUCUUUUAAAAUCACAAAUAUCAAAUACAAAGAAAAUUACGGAGUGAGAUCCUCAAGGGAGUUUACAGAAAGGAGUCAUCAGAUUGAGAGAAUGAUGUCUAGGAUAUUUCGACGUUCCGGAGGGGGUCGAUUUAUCAAAUCGCAUGUUAUCAGAAUAAGUCCAGAUGAACAAGGUGUAAACAUUCUUGUGGUGCUAAUGUUUCGAUACCCAUCUACCGACAGUAUUGAACAAACCAAGAAAAGAAUUGAAAAGAUUUUUUAUCAAAGUAUGAAGAUUAAACAAUUGCCUUUGACUAUAAAUAAACCAUCAUUUAGACUCACACCUAUUGAUGGCAAAAAGAUGAGAAAUCUUCUCAACAGUCGCUGUGGGAUAAGGAUGACAUCUUCAAACAUGCCGUUACCAGCAUCCUCUACCACUGAAAGGAUUGUGCAAGGACGGGAAACAGCUAUGGAGGGGGAGUGGCCGUGGCAGGCCAGCCUCCAGCUCGUAGGGGCCGGCCAUCAGUGUGGGGCCAGCCUCAUCAGCAACACGUGGCUGCUCACAGCAGCCCACUGCUUCCGGAAAAAUAAAGACCCAAAUAAGUGGAUUGCUACUUUUGGUACAACCAUUACACCACCCGCGGUGAAACGAAGUGUGGGGAAAAUUAUCAUUCAUGAAAAUUAUCACAGAGACACAAAUGAAAAUGACAUUGCUUUGGCUCAGCUGACUACCCGAGUUGAGUUUUCAAAUAUAGCCCAGAGAGUUUGCCUCCCAGAUUCCUCUAUGAAGUUGCCACCUAAAACAAGCGUAUUUGUCACAGGCUUUGGAUCCAUUGUAGAUGAUGGACCUACACAAAAUAAACUUCGGCAAGCCCGGGUAGAAACCAUAGGCACUGAUGUAUGUAACAGAAAGGAUGUGUAUGAUGGCCUGAUAACUCCAGGAAUGUUAUGUGCUGGAUUCAUGGAAGGAAAAGUAGAUGCAUGUAAGGGUGAUUCUGGUGGACCUCUGGUUUAUGAUAAUCAUGACAUCUGGUACAUUGUAGGUAUAGUCAGUUGGGGACAAUCAUGUGCUCUUCCCAAAAAACCUGGAGUCUACACAAGGGUGGCUAAAUAUCGAGACUGGAUUGCCUCAAAGACUGGUAUCUAGUGUGCAUUGUCCGUGAGUUACAUUCAUCGCACAUGGAGCUGAGACUGUUGCAUAUUGUGUAUUAUUUAUAUUCAUGUGGUUUGGAUAAGUACUUUUGCUAAGAUGUCAAGAAACCCUUCAAACCCAGCCAAAUCUGGUACCAUGCAGUGGCCUUUGUGUAUGUAUGGCCAAACUCUCUCUCUUCCAUGAGAGAAAAAACAGCACCAAUUCCUCACUCACCAUGGAAACUGCCUGUGAUUCUUCUUAAUAAGGUGAAUAUUUAGUAGUGCUUUCCCUCAGUGGAAGACAGGAACAUCAUUUCCCACAGGAUAUCAAGAGCUACCAGUGUUACCAAAAUCUAACCUCAAUAAUACCUGGAGUACCUGGGCUUCUUCUAGUGAAAAAUCCAAGAACAAUCUUCUCUGAGGAUUCAGGACUUCAACAUUCUAGAACUGCUGAAUGGACAUUCAAUGGCCAGAAUGUAGAAGCAUGGCAUCUGCAAUAUAACUCUAACCUGGGUUUAUAGGUAAUAAUACAGACGUUAACAUUAGCCACAAAAUGUGACAUUUGAAAACUGUUUCAACGUAUGAAAACUUGCUAUUACCACUGUGUUAUACACUCAAGCACUGGCUUCAGGAAAGCAGGUUAAGAAGCAUUUCUGAAUUUAUUAUUCAUCAACAUUGUGCCAUCUGGACAUAAAAUACAGUCAGCCUAGAGAG